CUUUACUCUUUCUACUGAAGAAAUCACAGAUGAUGGCUUCUGACGCUAGUCAUAUGCUGGAAGCAGCUUUGGAGCAGAUGGAUGACAUCAUUGCAGGUACAAAGUCAGCUACAGAAUAUGCUAAUGGUGGUUAUGAUAUUGUGUCACCUGCUCCAUCAGUAUACUUGGGCACAUUUCAAAUAUUGCAUCUCCUGGAAGAUCUAAAGAUGGCACUGGAAAUGCUAGAGGAUCCUCAAGAGAAAGAAGCAUUGCGAAAUCAAAUUCCAGGGGCCACAGCAGUGUGUAUACGGGAGUGGUUUGAAGAGAAUCUGUCACAGGUGAAUCAUCAUUCAUCUAAUAAUGAAACAUAUCAAGAAAGAUUGGCACGAUUAGAAGGUGAUAAAGAGUCACUCAUACUGCAGGUGAGUGUUCUUACAGACCAAGUGGAAGCUCAAGGAGAGAAAAUCCGGGACUUAGAAAUCUGUCUUGAGGGGCAUCAGUUGAAACUGAAUGCUACAGAAGAAAUGCUUCAACAGGAGCUGCUAAGUCGAACAUCACUAGAGACUCAAAAAUUAGACUUAAUGGCUGAAGUUUCAGACCUGAAGAUUAAACUGGUUGGUAUGGAAAAGGAGCAGAGUGAAUAUGAAGAGAAACAGAACAAAGCUGAGGGUUUGCUUCAGGAACUUAGACACCUCAAAAUUAAAGUGGAAGAACUGGAAAAUGAAAGAAAUCAAUAUGAGUGGAAAUUAAAAGCAACUAAAGCUGAGAUAGCCCAGCUUCAGGAGCAAUUAGCUCUCAAAGAUGCAGAAAUAGAACGCUUACAAAGUCAGCUAUCCAGGACCUCAUCACAUAAUGAAGUGGCAGAAAGAGAGGAAGUUUAUAGGAGAAGGCUAAAAGAAAAACAUCAAGAAGUUCAAAGGUUGAAGAUAGGAAUGGAAUCGUUACUGGCUGCAAAUGAGGAAAAGGACCGUCGAAUAGAAGAGUUAACACUGUUGCUAAGCCAGUACAGGAGGGUCAAAGAGAUAAUGAUUGCAGCUCACGGUCUUGUACGCCAGAAUGGACACUUGUAUUUAACACACAAGAACAGGGAACGAGAGUCAGGCUCUUCUGUCUCUGGUGGCUGUGAAGAGGAACUUGAGACAACUUUAAGGAAGUGGAAUGUUUUGACUAAUCCUCAAGGAGAAUUACUGAAAACAGAGGCAUCUUCAGGAGAAUUAUCACCAGCUGUGCUGUCUCCAUCACCACAGAAAGCUACGGAAAUCAGUGGAAGCAUUCCAGUAUCUUCAACUAAUUUAACCUGUCCACAAGAAGAAUCUCUGGAAAUCAUCAGCAGGGUUCCACAGAAAAAAAAGUCAAGUAGUUUAGAAGACUUGCAGAGCGAAUCCCUGGAAAAGUUUGUAGAUGGAAAACCAGUACAGCGUGUUGUAGAACAAGAGAGUAAGCCGCUUGCAAAAGGCAGCAAGUACCAAACCUUGCCAGGGAAGCUGCCUCGACCCCUGCAGAAUGGAGAGCAGGGAACAUGUAAUUCAUCAGAUGGGUCUGCUGUGAACGACUCUGAGGACAGCAGCUUUCUGGGCCUGAAUCGCAUCAGGAGUGUCAGUGCACCAGUGCUAGGAGACACAGAGAACGUGGAUGGUACAGUGGUCUCAGAUGACCUUUCACCUCUUUCUUCGGGAACGGAUUCAAGCCCACAAUCUCCAUUGUCGCCAGAAAACAGAAAGAGUCCAAAAGGGAUCAAGAAAAUCUGGGGAAAAAUAAGAAGAACUCAGUCAGGUAACUUCCCUGCAGACGACCUGGGGUUGGCAGAGUUUCGAAGAGGUGGCCUCCGUGCAACAGCUGGGCCUCGGUUGUCCAGAUCAAAGGAAACCAAAGGCCAGAAAAGUGACUACAAUGCUCCAUUUGCUCAGUGGAGCACUGAAAGAGUUUGUAACUGGCUUGAGGACUUCGGUCUUGGUCAGUACGUCAUAUUUGCACGGCAGUGGGUGACUUCAGGCCAUAUGCUGUUGACUGCGACACCUCAGGACAUGGAAAAGGAAAUGGGAAUAAAGCAUCCACUGCACAGGAAGAAAUUAGUUUUGGCCAUUAAAUCAAUAAAUGCAAAACAAGAUGAGAAGUCUGCACAGCUUGAUCAUAUCUGGGUGACACGAUGGCUCGAUGACAUUGGUUUACCUCAGUACAAAGACCAGUUUCAUGAAGCCAGAGUGGAUGGGAGAAUGUUGCAGUACUUAACUGUGAACGACCUUCUCUUUCUGAAAGUCACCAGUCAGCUGCAUCACCUGAGUAUUAAAUGUGCCAUUCAUGUGCUGCACAUCAAUGGUUUCAACCCCCACUGUCUACGCAGGAGACCAGUUGAAGAGCAGAGUAACGGUUCACCAUCUGAAGUUGUUCAGUGGUCCAACCACAGAGUGAUGGAAUGGCUCAGAUCAGUCGACCUGGCAGAAUACGCACCGAACCUUCGAGGAAGUGGAGUGCAUGGUGCCCUGAUUCUUCUGGAACCUCGCUUCAAUGGUGACACACUGGCGAUGCUGCUGAAUAUUCCCCCUCAGAAGACUCUGCUGCGGCGCCACCUGACGACCAAUUUCAACGUGUUAAUUGGACCAGAGGCUCAACAAGAAAAGAGAGAAAUAACAGAGUCCACAGCAUACACACCUCUGACCACCACUGCCAAAGUCCGGCCAAAGAAACUUGGAUUUUCACAUUUUGGAAAUUUAAGGAAAAAGAAAUUUGAUGAAUCAACAGACUACAUUUGUCCUAUGGAUACAAACCCAGGUGCUACAAAUGGUUCUCAGAAAAACUAUGGUGGCUACAAAGGCCUUAGUCCCAUCACUGACAGGGAGCUGGAUCAGAUGGAACAUUCAGAAGGAACAGUAACGCAAAUAGGGGCUCUUUCUCAAGGCAUAAGCCAUCUUACGACGAUGUUAAGCCAAGAUGAAAUGCUGAAUGACAGCAGAUUUUUAACACCUACCUUUGAAGACUGGAGAUGAUGUUUCGGUGCGACCAAGAACACUACUAAUACCUCACGCCUGUCCAGAGGGGUGGCCAGGAGCAGCUUGAUGCUGUCUACAGAAAAGCUUUACCUCUUUUCUGCCAAUUACACUUACCACAGAGAAUUUAAUACUGUCAAUGUAGCAAUGCGACACAGGUAACUCUCCUCCACACAAUCUUCUUUACUGCAUAAUGUGAAAUAAGUGUUGAGAGAGAAUACUCACAGCAGACUCUGGAAAGCUGUCUGGCACCACCUUUUUAUUCAGUCAUCUUUUACAUGGUAUGUUUACAUACUGUAUUUGGAAGAUCUUUUGUCAUUUUUUUAUUUUUAUAAUUGAUUUGUAAUGCAGGAAUCAUUAAUACUCUGUUGUACCAUGUGGACUAAUCAGAGCUACCUAGACAUUCAGAUGGAUGCUGGUGAGUACUGCCUCACCAACUAGUACUACAGGCCUGCCAGAGAAUGCUUCCCAUGAAAGGAUUUUAAUCUCUCACCCCUUUCAUUAGCACAUGUCCUGCCCUCUUUUUAUCUAAAUAAGUAAGUGCAGUGUAGAAAGGGAAGACUAGGACAUAAUGGCCUUGCUUUUAUCAGGAUGAUGACAAGACAGCAUGUUCAUAAAUCCUGACCUAACUCAAAAAGAUGCUGAACAACUCCAGCAGGAUAUGUGACUUUGAGGCUGCCAGAGAAACUGAUGUACUCAAAAGCUGGUGCUUCAUUUCACAUGAUGAUUUUUAUAUGUGCACUGAGCUGGUCACUAUCAAGGAGAAAUCACAACAUCUAAUUAAUGUAAAAUGUAACUUUAAGAAGGGUGUUUGCUGCACUCUGUAGGGUGAGUUCAACAGAAUUUCCAGCAUGAUCUGCUGCCUGGUUUUACAUGACAGUUCCUUAAUUGGAAUGACUGAAUGGGCUCCGUCUGUACAUUGACGUUUUGUCCCAAAUGGCUAGUACUGAUGUACGUGUGCAAGCAUCAGGAUGUUCAUGAGCCUUCUGAACAGUCAAAAUGGCUCAGACCAGGUUUUUUGAGCCCCAUACCUGGUUGAAACCCAGUGCUGGCUCUCAGGAAGACAGGAAUGGUAAUAAACCUAUUUCUUAAUUAAAUGUAUAGCUGCAAACAGUCCUGAGGACUGCAGAUUAUAGUAGAAACACUUCUGUAAUGCUUGCAUGACAACUAACAAUGUUGUAAAUGAUAGAACUGAAAGUAAACAGCACUCUUUUCAUUCCGGCUACAUCUAGAUUUUCAUAGAAUACUUUGUUUAGCAAUAGGAGACAAAACGUUAUUGCUUUGUGAAGUGUACAAUGCCACUAAGGAGCAUCAGAGAAGCACCUUAAUAAAAUAAAUAUUUGUUUCUUUAAAACAGCUGACAAAAGAGAGUUGUUGCUAUUCUACUGAGCUAGGCAGGACUGCAGCAAUGUGAAAGAGGAAAACACAGCCUCUCAUUACUCACUUGAGGGGCAGUUCACAGGUGAAGGUGUCUCCUUUACAGCAGCAGUUACUUGUGGCAUCAGUUGACAUGUGCCUCUUAUGUAUUAAUAAGGAAUUAAAUUGUUAUCUUAGUUAACAGGGAAAUACCAGAAAAGAAAUUGCCUCAAUUGUAAAGACCUAGCAAGCAUAUGGUUGAUGUGUGUUACUCUUUCCCCUGCAGGGUGUUGGUUUACAUGUUACAGAUAAAGGGGAAAUCUCUGGUACUGUCCCAGCUAUGCAGCAACGGCUCUUCUAGAGCUGUCAGUGGCACUUGUUAAAGGUGACCUAUUCUGCUCCUCACUCCCUGAGCCUCUCAUGAGAGACUCUGCACUGUACAGAUUUUAGAAGCUAAACACAAUUUUAUUGUCCAAAAUGGUAAAACCAAAGCAAAUUAUUUUUCAAUCACUUGAACAAUAAAAUUAUAACGGAAAAUUCAAA